UGGGAUUAAACGAAAAUGGUAAACGUGCAAGAGAUAAAGUUGAAGAGAUCUUAGAUUUUUGGCAUUAUUAAAAGAAAUGCGUUGAAUCGCGAAGUGGAACGCAGUUUGAAGUUUUGAAGAACGUCUGAUAUAUCAUCAGAAUGGUUCGUAGUGGUGAAUUUUAUGCUGGAUCUCGCCUGUUAAGCCCACUUACAGAAGUGAUUGGUUUGCCGAUUGAUCAGGUGAAUUUUGUAGUAUGUCAGCUGGUAGCACUUGUAUUAGCCUUUCCAUUCCGUCUGGUAUUAUCACCUUCGACAACAAGUCUCACUGUGCGACAUGUAGUCCAGGUCACGGUCGGCAUGGCUCUCACUUUCUUCUGUUUUGGAUAUCAAAUCUAUCACUUGAUAAUCCUGUCUUUUGUAUGUUAUUUAUUGAUGAAGUAUGGAAGUAGGGACUGGAUGCACAAAGCUGUAUUUGUUUAUAAUAUGUUAUAUUUAUCGGCAACGCAUAUAUGGCGUCAGAUUUAUGAUUACGGUGGCUAUACGUUGGAUAUUACGGGGCCUCUAAUGAUCAUGACCCAGAAAAUGACGAGUAUGGCAUUUGCUUUACAUGACGGAAUUUAUAAAGAUAACAGUAAAUUAUCGGAUGAUCAAAAAUCACAAGCUAUCAGGAAGAUGCCAAGUUUUUUGUCAUUCUACAGUUAUGUGUUUUAUUUUCAUGGUAUAAUGUGUGGACCAAUGUGUUUUUUUUCUGAUUUUAUCAGCUUUAUGGAAGGGAGAAACUUCUCUGAAGCUAAAAUACCAUUUACGGAAAAUGGUACAACCAAUAAUACUCUUACAACAAACAACGAAGAUACUUGUAAAAAAACAACUUUAACUACUAAACAUUAUGGAAUUGAGAAAGCCACGUUAAAGACUUUAUUAACUGCGGGUAUAUGUGGUAUUUUAAUGAUAUUUGUAGCACCUCACCUGUGUCCACCAGAAGGCCUUGUUUCACCUUCAUGGUAUGAGAUGAAUUUUGUACAGAAAAUGGGUUAUUUAUUAAUUUGUUUGAUGUUAGCCAAACAGAAAUAUUAUUUCGCUUGGAAAUUAGGAGAAGCUGUAAAUAAUGCUGCCGGUUUGGGUUUCCAAGGCUUUGAUAAAGAUGGUAAACCUAAAUGGGAUCUUGUUAAUAAUGUAGACAUAUGGGGAGUCGAGUUUUGUAAUAGUUUAAAAUUAAAUCUAGAUGCAUGGAAUAAAACUACGUUAAUAUGGUUGCGUAGAGUUGUGUAUGACAGGGUACCUAAGUUUAAAGUUUACGCUGUAUUUGCCUGCAGCGCAACCUGGCAUGGUUUUUAUCCAGGGUAUUAUCUAACCUUUGCUACAGGGAUGCUUUUAACAUUUGCUGCUAGAAUGAUUAGACGUAAAAUCCGACCUUUGUUUCAAGCGACAGCAAGCCUAGCCUAUUUUUACGAUUGUAUUACGUUUACUUUCGUACGUUUGGCGAAUCCAUGGAUGUGUGCGCCCUUUUUAAUGCUUGAAUUAAUGCCAGCCAUUCAGCUUUACAACUCUCUCUAUUGGUAUUUGCAUAUAAUGGCCAUGGUGGCACUAGUUGUACUUCCUUUUUACCAUCCACCUAAACCAAAGACAGAGGAGAAGAAAACCCAGUGAUCACAGCUAGUCAUAGAUUGUAUAUACUGUUAUAUUCUAUAAUUUCAUUAUCUUCAUAGAUCUCUAUUAAGUUUAUGCAGUUAACUCCCCUGAUUGUGAAUGUCACAGGAGUUAGCUCCCUUUAUAGAUGUGACGUUGAUGGAAGUUUGCCUUUUUACAAUGACUUUUAUUGGUGUUAGUGAACACUAAUGGGAAGUAGCUCCCAUUUUUCAGGCAUUUAAAGGGAAAGUCUCUAUCAGCUUUGAUAUAUUAAUUGAAAGUAGGCAAACAAAUAAUUUACUAACAUCUGUGAAUUCUUUGUUUUUAUGGUUUUGAUAUGAACUAUUUCCUCUAUAGUUUUUAGUGCAUGGUCCUUGUAUGAACUGUUUCCCCUAUAACUUUUAGUGCAUGGUCCUGAUAUGAACUUUUUCCUUUGUAGAUUUUAGUGAAUGGUGCUGAUAUGAACUUUCCCCCCUAUAGAUGUUAGUGAAUAUGAACUGUUUCUUCUGGAAAUUUAAUGAAUGGUUCUGAUAUGAACUGUUUUCCCCCUAUAGAUUUUAUCGAAUUGUCCUAAUAUGAAUUGUUUCCCCUGUAAAUUUUAGUGAAUGGUAAUGAUAUGAACUGUUUCCCCUGUAGAUUUUAGUGAAUGGUCCUGAUAUGAACUGUUUUAUGGAUUCCUAUGCAUCCUUCUUUAAGUCUGUGGUUGAUUGUAGUGGAUCAGAGCCGAUCCUUAUCUAUGUACAUUUUCAAUUCCACCAGUGAUAAGUAAUUUAUUUUCUAGUCAAGGGUUGAAAUCUAAUUUAUUAUAUGGAUGUAUAAUGUAGGAUGCUGAAAUCCAAGAUGAAAUAUACAGAACCCAAUAAAGCAAAAGUAUUGAUAGCAAAUAAAAAAAAAUCUAAUGUGACCUGUUUCCUACAGUUAUGUCACUUUAAGCCUAGUGGUACCUCAUUCUGUAUCCACAGACCAAAGCCAAGGAACUAGUCAGAGCUUAAAACCGAAUCAGAAUUCAUUUAGUCCAGAUCAUUCCAGCCCAAAUUAUCUUGGCAACUGAUCGGCAUAUGAUGGCCUUUGUUGUGUACAUGUAUAUGGUAACUUUUAUACACAAAGUGGAGAAUUUUGGCUGGAACAGUCAAGACUGUGUAAUUAGGGCUAUUGAGGAAAUGAUGGAGACUUCCCCUUUAAUUUAUGAAGACAAUUGAUUUGUCAAACAAUUAUUAUUGAUUCAAACUGAAUGGUUUCAUGCCCCCCCCCCACCACAACACAUACACACACUUCAGAAAUGAAUAAUUAAUACAGUUAAAAUUUUAGUAGAGUACUAUGAAUUUUGUUAGCUGUAUAUGGUGAGUGAUAUUCAUAACCAGCUACCAGACCACCAAUACCUACCUAUAGCUAUGGAAAUAGAGUGAUAAGUUCAGCUUUGAUUUCAGAAACCAGAGCUAUUUGGUAGAGGGUAGAUAUCUCUAGUACAGCCAAGUUUUGGGGCUAAUGAAACAUUGAAAUUGCAUGUGUGCCCUUAUUUUUAACUAGAAAACUUUAAUUUAUAUUCAGACUGAUGACUUUCUUAACACCAAAUCAGAGUUUGGGACCAGAGCUGGAUCUCAAUUAUGGGUCUCUUUUGUUAUUCUAUUUAUUUUGUUAUUUGGAGUGAAUUUAUGGAAAGCAAACCAGACAAAUUUCUGAUAUAUCAGAUCAUACCAGUCUGAAACUGGUUUUGGCUUAAAAUUUUUGAGAAGGGUUUGGAACUGGUACCAAAGCACAAUGGAGAUGGAUUAGUAGGUAUUAUUACUUACCUAUGGCAGAUAGUAAUAGUUCCAGUCAACUUUUUUUUAAUCUUAUUGUUAGCCCUUUUGGUUUAUUUACCAUUUAUUUAUCAUGAAACUACAAACCAGUUUCUUUGUAAUAAAGUUUGAGUUAAUUUCUAUGUUAAUGUCCCACUGCAGCUGCAAUUGGCUAUAGAUAUAUAUAUAUAUAUAGCUAUUUUCCCAAUUUAAGGUUUUUACGGCAAGAAUUAUUUUUGCAAAUAUGACUACAUGUAUUUUUAGUGUUGUCUAAUUUUGUAAUCUGAUUUCCAAUGAGACAUUUAAAAUAAAAGUAUUAAGGACUGUUGAUAUAGAGCUGAAAUGCUUAACAUACAGCAAGUACAACCAUAUAACCUCAGAAUAGAAAGCAUUUAGCCCUUUGAGAGCCAUGCUAUCAAUUUUACCGACAGACCCAUCAUUGUUAAUGAUAAAUCUACCCAUUUUACAACAAAUGUUAUGCAAAUUACGUGCAAUUAUUUGCAUACUUUUUAAUCCAUAUACGUAUAAGCGGUUUGUUUAUUUAUUAUUUUUUAAAAUAAAAUAUGCCUCUUCUCUGAUAUUAACAUAAAAAUACUCAAUUUAUUUUACCAACAUUGUUUAAAGGGGUACAGCUGUUCAUUAGAAACAAGUUUUAGAAACAUUAUAGUUGUGGAAUGGUUACAAAAGUAUAUUUGUAAGUUACCGGUACAUUUAUGUACCUUUUAUGAAAAUUUGAAUUUAGUACAUGUAUACUAAAUCAUGUGUUAUUGCUGUUUGUAUAUUUAUUUGUUACCUUGGUUGUGUGUUUAGUGAGUUGUGAUUUUUGAACAUUUUUUUAAAAAAAUUCUAUGAAUUUAACAUAAUAGAAAAGCGAGGCCUGGUCAGAUAAGGAGUGGAUCAAUGUUCCCAAAUUCAUAACCUGAACUCAUAUUAUGAGCCCAUCCAUGAAUCUGGGUGUCAGAUAUUACUGCUGCUCCGAAAUUCGUUCACAGGGUUUAGGGUUUAACUAGUUCCAUUUUGAUUGAUUUCUUGUGGCUCUUCUUAGAAAAUAAAAAUACACGCCAAAAUAUAUGCAGCGGAAUACUUACGCCAGAAAGUUCUUUGUAUACUAGUAGACUAAUUUAGUUACUCACUUUGUUCUUGUAUAUAAUGUGGACCUACAGUAUAUUGUUGUCACAUCUGUCCCUCGUCGACUUGUCUGUCCACAAUAUCUUGUGAACAAUAUACAUGUAUAGCCUGACAUACCUUUUUCAUCCUAAUCUUCACAUCCUGUACAUUCACAUUUUGAUUUUAAAAUUUUGUGAAAGAAUCCUUAAUGGAUAUAUUUUUUUUUUUUUUUUAAAACUGAUCCUGCAGGAUUUGAUAUCAAUCAUUUUAUAGCUAUCAUGAACGACUUUGCUGCAGGUGGACGUAUUAGGGAACCUUGACAAGCGUGUGUCUAUGUUUAUUCUUUGAGAUGUAUGUGGCAAUCUAGCUUCUGUCUUUAAUUGGACUGGCUCUCACAACAAUAUUAUUGCUCUACACUAUAGUGAAUGCAUUUAAAAGUGAGGCAGAGAUAUUCAGACCACAAAUGUUAGGUAAACUCGCCCAGAACAAAUAUCCGGCGCAAUAGAAUGAACUAUUGAUAUUAAUAAUUAAAUAUUAUUUUAUUUAUUGUGUAUGAUUGCAUAUAUAUAUAUUUAUGAUUAAAUUUCACAAUUUACACAUAUUGGAUGCAUCAAUAGCUCAUAGUGAAGCCCUUGUUUAGAAAUUGUCUCACUAUAACAAUUGUUGUAUGCGAACCAUUGUGUAUAAUAUAAAGAUGUUACUAUAUAACAUGGAUGUAACAGAGAUCCAACAUCUGUGCUAUAGUGAAGGCCUAGUAAUAGUGAUAUACAAUAGCCUCACUAUAACAUAGGUGUAUAUAGUGAAGCGUACUUGUGUAAUGACACCAUAAUAAACAUUUUAAAUUUGA